UGUCCGCUAUUUAUGUGUGAUGGCUGGGAAAUAACAACCAUAGAAGGUAUAAGUGAUGUCAUACCAAAACGUCUAGCCAAAUACAAUGGUUCACAGUGUGGAUACUGCAGUCCUGGUCAGGUCAUGAAUAUGCAUGCAUUACUGGACUUGAACCAAGGGCAAGUUACCAUGAAACAAGUAGAGGAUGCGUAUGACAAUGUCAUCUGCAGAUGUACAGGAUAUAGACCAAUUCUGGAUGCGAUGAAAUCAUUUGCACAGGACUCACUAACCAUGAAAAAAGCUUCAACUAUUGACAUUGAGGAACUAGGAAGAGCCUUUUGUUCAAAAACUGGAAAAUGCUGCCAGGGAAAAUGUCACCCACGAGCAGGCCAACAGCUUCAGGUAGUAGGCAGUGAUGCAGUAUGGUAUAGGCCUGACACGUUUGAUCAACUAUUCAAAAUAUUAGCAGACAAUUCUGGGAAGAAAACAAGGAUGGUGUUCGGAAACACAGGACAAGGUGUCUACUACAAAGACUUGAACCUGGCUAGUUUUGAUGUACUUAUCGAUAUAAGAGGAAUACAGGGUCUGUAUAGUGUAAAUUUUGAUCCAACAGUUGUACUUGGUGCUGGUUUGUCCAUUAAUCAGUUGAUUGAUGUAUUCACAAGAUCCCAACAAGAGCCAUCUCUUGGUUACCUUGUACACAUACGUGACAUGCUAAAAAGAGUUGCUGGAACAUCUGUCAGAAGUAUGGCAUCCUGGGCAGGAAACUUAAUGAUGAAACAUCUCCAUCCAGAAUUUCAGUCAGAUGUCUACGUUUCCUUGGAAUCAGCAAAUGUUAAGCUUAUCAUAGCGGAUAGUUCUGGAUCUAAUACGAUACCAAUCAGCCAAUUUCUUAAGACAGAUAUGACAAACAAAAUAAUAGUUGCCAUGGAGGUACCAGCUAUGACCGAUGAUUACAUGGUUAGAUUGUAUAAGGUUGCACAAAGAGCAGAGAACUCGCACUCGUACAUUAAUGCUGGUAUUAGGAUGAAGAUUGCAAACCCAAAAGUUAUGGUGAUAGAAAAGCCAUGUAUUGUUUUCUCUGGAAUAGCGAAAGACUUUUUUAUUCUAGAAGCUGUUGGCAAUGCAGCAGGAGCUAUAUAUAAAAGUGGUGCAUUGCCAUUGUUAAGACCACUUUCAUCCGGACAACAAUCAUAUGACACAAAACCAAUGGAAUGGCCACUUACGGAACCAUUAAUCAAAUUAGAAGCUCUUGACCAGUGCACUGGAAAAGCAGAAUAUAUCAACGACAUUCCUGAAUAUAAAGAUACUUUGUAUGCUGCUUUUGUCACUAGUACGGUUGGAAAUGCAAAACUUCAGAGCAUGGAUUCUACGAAAGCAUUGAGUAUUCCAGGAGUACUAAAAUUCAUAACAGCCAAGGACAUACCCGGUAAAAAUGAUUGUGUUGCAUCCAUUCCAGGCAUUCCUACCUCCCCCGAAGAAAUUCUAUGUGGCGGUGAUGUGAUGUACGCUGGUCAAGCUUUGGCAAUUAUAGUGGCAGUGGACGAAGAAACGGCCAACAGAGCUGCUGCACAAGUACAAGUGACGUAUUCAGACCAAAAGACGCCAAUUCUUUCUAUAGAUGAUGGCAUAGCACAGGGCUCGUUCAUCCCAAGCAUUAUAACAAAACCAUUGGUAAAAGGAGAUGCUCAAACUGCUAUCACAAACAGUACGAAACAAAUUACUGGAACCAUAAGUUUUGGAGAACAACAACAUUUUCAAAUGGAAACACAGAUCAGUUACUGCAGACCAACAGAUGAAGGGAUGAAUGUAGAAGCCUCUACGCAAUGGUUAGACAAUACACAAAAAGCUGUUUCAAACGUUUUAGGUGUACCGAUAAACAGGGUAAAUGUGACGGUAAAAAGACUUGGUGGAGCAUAUGGUUCAAAGUUGACUAGGAAUGCUAUCGUAGCUGCAGGUUGUGCAUUAACAGCUCAUAUUAUGAAUAGGCCAGUCAAAUUGAAUUUGGAGUUUCAUACAAACAUGAAAAUGGUCGGAAGAAGAUUUGCCUACCGAGCUGAUUAUACGGUUGGGUGUACCGAUCAAGGAAAAUUAAAUGGUAUCAAAAUGACAGUUUAUAGCGACUCUGGUUAUCUUGGAAACGAAGAUCCGCUGAAUGGUGUAUUUGGACAUAUCGAUAACGGAUACUUCUGUGACAAUUGGAAUGUAACACCAAAGACCGUCAGGACGAACAAACCAGUAAAUACGUUUUGUCGAGCACCAGAUUCGGCACCAGGAAUUUUUAUCAUAGAAUCAGUUAUGGAACAUAUUUCUAAGGAACUGAAUUUAGACCCAACAAGUGUUAGGAUACUAAAUCUUUAUAACAAAGGACAGACCACACCUGCGAAUAAACCAUUGCCAUACUGCAAUAUCAGACAACUUACAACAGACCUAAUGACUUCCGCUGGAGUAACACAGAGAAAGGACUCUAUUAAAGCUUUCAACCAGGUAAAUAGGUGGAAGAAAAAGGGUUUAUCUGUAGUACCAGCUAAGUUUGGAAUCGGAUACGCAUACGUCCAUUACAAUGCCAUUGUAAAUAUAUAUGCUUGGGAUGGAAGUAUAUCUAUCGCUCAUGGUGGGAUUGAAAUGGGCCAAGGAAUCAAUACUAAGGUAGCACAGGUGUGUGCAUUUGAGCUUGGAGUGCCUCUGGAUAUAAUAACAGUAAAAUCAAACACAACAACAUCUAAUGCCAAUGAUUUUGCCAGCGGUGGUAGUACAACUAGUGAAUUAUGCUGUUUGGCUGUUUUGAACUGUUGUCAAGCAUUAAAAGCAAGAAUGGCUCCAGUAAAAGCUAAGAUGAAAAAUCCAACAUGGCCACAGUUGGCACAGAUGUGUCAACAUGCAAAAGUUGACUUGUCAGAAAGAUAUUGUGUUUAUGAGCCUGGUAAGACUGAGGAUGAACCACAGUACAACAGCUACGGUGUCACAUGUACAGAAGUCGAAUUCGACGUUCUUACUGGCCAAUACCUCAUCAAUAGAGUAGAUCUUCUGUAUGACUGUGGGGAGAGUAUGAACCCCAUGAUAGACGUAGGGCAAGUGGAAGGUGCCUUUGUAAUGGGACUCGGAUACUGGCUGACAGAACAGGUUAAGUUUGACCCUCAGUCUGGAAGACUAUUGACUGAUAGUACAUGGGAAUACAAGCCACCAAUGGCCAAAGACAUUCCAAUUGACUUUAGAAUACAGUUGUUAAAAAAUGCUCCAAACCCUAAAGGCGUUCUAAGAUCAAAAGGUAACAGUUUUGCAUUACGCAAGCAUAUAUAG